CAGAAAUCAUGUGCCAAACAAAUACAAAUACCCAGGCAUAAGAGUUAUCAUCAUUUUAUUUGGGAUCUAAUUCUUAUACAACAAGUGAGCAGUUAGGGUACAACACUACCACCCCCAAUCUCCGAUCGAUCUGUUUUUAUUGGAAAUGGCUGAUCACGAUUUGAAUUCCAACUCACUCCCGGAAAAUCAAGCCCCUAAUGCAGAUGGGAAUUCAGCUUCAGAGAAUGAGAGUGAUGUCUCAAUUGAUUCUCUUGCAAAACAGGUUCAGGAAUCACUUUCUUUGGCAAAGAGACACAAAUUUUGGGAAACCCAGCCUGUUGGUCAGUUUAAGGAUCUUGGUGACUCAAGCUUACCUGAAGGACCUAUUGAACCUGCGUCACCAUUGUCUGAAGUCAAACAAGAACCAUAUAAUCUUCCAAGUCCUUAUGAAUGGAUCACUUGUGACAUGGAAUCAACUGAGAUGUGUACUGAGGUGUAUAACCUCCUUAGUAAUAAUUAUGUGGAGGAUGAUGAAAACAUGUUCAGAUUUAACUACUCCAAGGAGUUUCUUCAUUGGGCUCUUUGCCCUCCUGGUCACUAUAAGAGCUGGCAUAUUGGAGUUCGAGUAAAGAGUUCGAAAAAACUGGUUGCUUUUAUAACUGGAGUCCCUGCAAGACUCCGAGUGCGAGACAGUAUUGUUCAGAUGGCAGAGAUCAACUUCUUGUGUGUCCAUAAGAAGCUUAGAACAAAACGACUUGCUCCAGUCAUGAUUAAAGAGGUGACUAGGAGGGUUCACCUGGAGGACAUUUGGCAAGCAGCUUAUACAGCUGGGGUGGUACUCCCUACACCCAUUUCAACUUGUCAGUACUGGCAUAGAUCUCUGAACCCAAAGAAGCUAAUUGAUGUUGGGUUUUCCAGACUAGGGGCUCGAAUGACUAUGAGCCGCACAAUUAAACUUUACAAGCUACCAGAAUCGACAGUUACACCUGGGUUUAGGAAGAUGGAGCUUCGUGAUGUACCUGCUGUGACCCGUUUGCUUAGAAAUUACCUGAUGCAGUUUCUUGUUGCACCUGACCUUGAUGAAACUGAUGUGGAGCACUGGCUACUGCCGAAGGAGGAUGUCGUUGACAGUUUUUUGGUUGAAUGCCCUGAAACUCAUAAAAUAACUGAUUUUUGCAGUUUUUACACACUUCCUUCAUCCAUUCUCGGCAAUGCAAAUCACUCAAUUCUGAAGGCUGCAUAUUCCUACUACAAUGUAUCUACUAAGACUCCAUUGCUUCAGCUGAUAAAUGAUGCUCUUAUCGUGGCAAAACAGAAGGACUAUGAUGUUUUCAAUGCAUUAGAUGUCAUGCAAAAUGAGUCUUUCCUAAAGGAGCUGAAAUUUGGACCAGGUGACGGGAAGCUCCACUAUUAUCUCUAUAACUACAGACUGAAACAUGUCUUAAGACCAUCAGAACUGGGUCUUGUCCUCUUGUAGCCUAAGUAAGUUUUUUUUAGGAUAUUUGAUCAUGUGGCAAACAAUGGAAGAUUUCUUGUUACCUGGGUUGAAUACUAUUUCCAAAUACACCAGCACACUGCUACGGUAUGACUACCCGUGUUUGGAUUCCGGAAUUGAAUUCGUUUGUGAUACUGUGGAAUCAAUUUUUGUGAUUUAAUGAACUUCCCUUUAAUUUAAACUUUUAAGCAUUCUCCCAGAAUUGAGCUUGCACAAGUCAUAUUAGUUUUUGACUAUAUUUGGUAUUAAGCUCGUGAUGCUAUUAUUGAUGUUUCUUGUAACUUUUUCCUGUGUGAAUUAGUCCUUGUUAGAUGA